AUGUCCGAAUUUCAAAGAGGCCGUAUUGUGGGUCAAUCCGAAGGUGGAGUUAGUCAACAUAAUAUCGCAGAAAACAAUCGAAUCCAACUUUUUACAGUUAAUAGAGUGAUUGUGCAAUUAAAAACAAAGGGGAAAGAAUCCACGUCACCUUGCCCAGGUCGACCAGGGCCUUUUGACAGGACCCUUCACUUUGCAAAGGGAAGUGUUGAGGAUACUCAACGUUGCAAGGUCUUUUACAUAGAAAAAUAUGUUGAUAUCAGUCUCGGAACAGUUGUCAGGUAUCUUCACAAGCUUGGUUGCUAUGGUAGAGCAGCAAGAAGGAAUCCACGUCUUCCAGCAGCCAAUAUGAAGCGAAGAAAAAAUUGGGCCAGUGAGGUGGUGAAGAGUUCGGUAGCAUUUUGGGACAUAGUCAUAUUCUCUGAUGAGUCCAGACUUGCUGUAUUUCCUGACAGGGGCCAAAUGUGGGCCUGGUGUAUCUGUGAUCACGAAAUGGAUAACCUUUAA